AUGGGUUGUUUCGGCAAUCAAACUGAGGAUUCGAGGCUUCAAAAGAAAGAAAAUACACGCAUCGAAAGGCAGCUCAAGAAAGAUAAAGCUGCAUAUCGAUCGACACAUCGGUUGCUCUUACUUGGUGCCGGUGAAUCUGGUAAGAGUACUAUAGUCAAACAGAUGAGAAUACUUCACGUUGACGGCUUUAAUGAAGAAGAGAAACGACAAAAAAUAGCGGAUAUCAAAAGGAAUAUUCGCGAUUCUAUCGUGGCCAUCGUCACCGCGAUGGGAACUUUGACUCCGCCAUGUACUUUAGCUAACCUUAAUAACCAAUUCCGUGUUGAUUAUAUUACUGAAAUCGCUUCAGCUGACGAUUUUAAUUAUCCACCGGUAUUCUUCGAACACACUAAAGAAUUGUGGAAAGAUCAAGGAGUACAACAGUGCUACGAACGAUCGAACGAAUAUCAAUUAAUCGAUUGUGCUAAAUAUUUUCUCGAUAAAAUAGACGUUGUUAAGCUGCCCGAUUAUCAACCUACCGAUCAGGACGUGCUUCGUUGCCGUGUACUUACGUCUGGCAUUGUAGAAACAAGAUUUCAAGUUGAAAGAGUCAACUUUCAUAUGUUUGAUGUUGGUGGCCAGAGAGACGAGCGAAGAAAGUGGAUUCAGUGUUUUAACGAUGUUACUGCUAUCAUUUUUGUAGUGGCUUGUAGUAGUUAUAAUCUUGUAUUGCGAGAAGAUCCUAGUCAGAAUCGUCUUAAAGAAUCGCUCGAGCUUUUCCAAACGAUAUGGAAUAAUAGAUGGUUGAAAACGAUAUCGAUUAUCUUGUUUUUAAAUAAACAAGAUUUGUUGGCGGAAAAAGUCAGAGCUGGAAGGUCAAAGAUUGAGGAUUAUUUUUCUGAAUUUAGCCGCUAUACAACUCCGACUGAUGCAACAACUGAACCCGGAGAUGAUGAAAACGUUAAAAGGGCUAAAUACUUUAUCAGAGAUGCAUUCCUACGAAUCAGCACAGCAACUGGUGAAGGCAAACAUUACUGCUAUCCGCAUUUUACUUGUGCGGUUGAUACCGAAAAUAUUCGAAGAGUCUUCAAUGAUUGUCGUGAUAUCAUUCAGAGAAUGCAUCUGAGACAGUAUGAGUUAUUGUAAGAAGUAUCCAAUUAAGUACUUCAUGGAAGUUAUGAACCUGCUCUCGACACCGGCCUGUACUCUGGCUUAGCGAAUGU